UGUGACUGUGUUUGUCUGUUCCACAAUUAACAAACAACAACAGAAAGAACUAGAAGACUGGUUAAGCUGAAAGCGCAGCACAUGUAGCUUGUUCAGAUUUAUCACCAAGCAUUUCAAGUGAGCUCACAACACAGCACACGGGCAAGAAAUGUGAGAAAACUGGACACGUUUUAGCAGAGGAUGGUUUCGAUCCAUCGACCUCUGGGUUAUGGGCCCAGCACGCUUCCGCUGCGCCACUCUGCUGACGUGAGGCUGUCAGGCGCCCGGAACUCCGGACCAAAAUCCUUGCCCUUUGGGGUACCUGGACAAUUUGACUACGCUGAAGCUGAGAAAAACAAUGGGGCACUUUUUUUUGUAGUUUGUUUUUACACUGGGGUCAUCACAUAUUCAGAACAGUGCAAGAGCACAUGAGCUGCUAACAGCAAAGCUCCAUUCCAAGAGUUUGCCUUUGAGUCACUGCACAUAGCGUGGGCUUCCUCACACCAUGGCCACAAUAUAGAUGGUUCCUAGCAGAGGAUGGUUUCGAUCCAUCGACCUCUGGGUUAUGGGCCCAGCACGCUUCCGCUGCGCCACUCUGCUAGCACUACACCCCAGAUGGGACUCGAACCCACAAUCCCUGGCUUAGGAGGCCAGUGCCUUAUCCAUUAGGCCACUGGGGCUCUGGCACCACAACAACAGGCCUCUCUCACAGCUUUUUAAAAGCUAGGCCUUUCGUCUCUCAUGCUCAGGACACAAAAACACGUAUGGAUUUGGGAGGACUUACACCUGAAAAUCACUUCAGCAAGUCUGAACUGACAAUUAGCGUCUCACACAAAGCAGAGCCAGCCUGUGUGUACGCUACAUUUCAUUUCCCUCACUGCUUAAAUGCAGAGCACAACAUCAGUGAUGUUUGCCUCCAGAUAAAACAAGCCUUCCCGCAUUGCUCUUACGAAACGACCUGUUUAGAGCCCUGUUUAGCCAAGCUUUCGCAUGUUAAUACUUUCAGUAAAUCCACACCUUUCAGAGGCCUUCUCCUCUCAUGUCAUGUAGCAGCCAACUUUACUCACCUGACUUGACACACUUAGAAAAUGACUGGGGUGAUGUCACACACUUUCUCUUUACUGACACUCACUGGACAACUGCGGUAAUGACAGGAAAGUUCAGGAACUCACUGGAAGUAAAACAGGCUUCUUUAUAAAGCCUGAGCAGCUCACAGCGCUCAGGUCAAAUCAAAGAGAGCUGCUACGCUAUCUGACAGAGCAAUCAAGAGUCAACACAACCGUAGAAGAGAAUGUUGAGUCUGUACGGCUUACAGCCUUCAUUCAGCCCAUUCAUGGACAUUCCCUGGCCUGUGCGCAGUCUGUGGCCUGAGGUUGUUCCUCUUUACCAUCACAGAGAUGCACUGCUGAAAAACAUGCAGGGCAUAGAGACUACUUUGAAGCUUUUGGAGAAACUUCAGCACGAGAUCUUUCAGAAAGUCUCCCAGACCGCCGCCUCUGACGUGGUCCAGCCGCUCUCCUACGCAGUGGAGAAAGAGGGAGGUGGUUUUGCCUUGACCCUGGAUGCUAAAGGCUUCUCCCCCGAGGAACUGUCCGUCAAACAGGUGGGAAGGAAGCUGCGCGUCUGCGGGAAGACAGAGAAGAGAGAGGAAGAUGGGAAAGGAUCUUACUCACACAGAGUCCAGGAGUUCAGGCGGGAGUUUGUCUUGCCGGAAGGAGUGAAUCCAGAGGCGCUGAGCUGCUCCCUGGCUGAUGGAAAACUAUUCGUUCAGGCACCAAACACACAGCAGUCUGAAAAACCUGACAGAGUGCUAACCAUCGACGGCAGUCAAGCCGGUGAGAUAGCUCGGUCAGAAACCACACAGACCCAGGACAGCACCACUGAAACACAGAGAGCAGCGGAGCAAAAGCUUGGCUGAAGAGAGCGAGAACGUCUGUAGCAGAAUUGUACGGCUCCGCGUGUAGGGCCAGUGCGGCAACUUUUUUAUCUGUCCAUUGGAAAUAUAAUGACGUAGAUAUACUGUUUUUAAGCCUCUUAUAAUGUCUACUUCUCCUGUGCUUCGUUUCUUUGUUUGUACAAUUUUGUUAUGCAAUUUGUACUAGAGUUGUAAAAAAAGUCUUCAAAAAUAAAGACAAUUUCAUUUCGCUACUCCAGAUGUGACUGUGUUUGUCUGUUCCACAAUUAACAAACAACAACAGAAAGAACUAGAAGACUGGUUAAGCUGAAAGCGCAGCACAUGUAGCUUGUUCAGAUUUAUCACCAAGCAUUUCAAGUGAGCUCACAACACAGCACACGGGCAAGAAAUGUGAGAAAACUGGACACGUUUUAGCAGAGGAUGGUUUCGAUCCAUCGACCUCUGGGUUAUGGGCCCAGCACGCUUCCGCUGCGCCACUCUGCUGACGUGAGGCUGUCAGGCGCCCGGAACUCCGGACCAAAAUCCUUGCCCUUUGGGGUACCUGGACAAUUUGACUACGCUGAAGCUGAGAAAAACAAUGGGGCACUUUUUUUUGUAGUUUGUUUUUACACUGGGGUCAUCACAUAUUCAGAACAGUGCAAGAGCACAUGAGCUGCUAACAGCAAAGCUCCAUUCCAAGAGUUUGCCUUUGAGUCACUGCACAUAGCGUGGGCUUCCUCACACCAUGGCCACAAUAUAGAUGGUUCCUAGCAGAGGAUGGUUUCGAUCCAUCGACCUCUGGGUUAUGGGCCCAGCACGCUUCCGCUGCGCCACUCUGCUAGCACUACACCCCAGAUGGGACUCGAACCCACAAUCCCUGGCUUAGGAGGCCAGUGCCUUAUCCAUUAGGCCACUGGGGCUCUGGCACCACAACAACAGGCCUCUCUCACAGCUUUUUAAAAGCUAGGCCUUUCGUCUCUCAUGCUCAGGACACAAAAACACGUAUGGAUUUGGGAGGACUUACACCUGAAAAUCACUUCAGCAAGUCUGAACUGACAAUUAGCGUCUCACACAAAGCAGAGCCAGC